GUUACCUCAAAAGUUAAAGGGACACACUGGAUUGGUCUUAAUGAUUUGGACACUGAGGUCACUGGGUUUGGGUGAAUAACCAGCCACUUAACAAUUAAUUAAUUGUUAAGAGUAAGAUCUUCAUUAAUCUUGACAACACAACCUGCAAUUAACCUAACUAUACAUGAAGCCUGAUAACUGGACUAAAGAUCACCCAGCCGGUGAAGACUGCACUUGUCUGGGUCACUCAUUGGGGGCAACUGAAUUCUGGAUGGAUGCUUUUUGUUUUGAAGAGAAAAGAUUUGUGUGUGAAGCUGCUGCAGCUGUUUAAUUCAAUACUCUUAAAUACUUCACACAAAAGUUAACAUUCUGUCACACAUGCGUUUUCAUGUCUUCCAAACAUGUCUUGUCAAUUUCUCAACAUUUGACUUUAUAGCAUGCUGUAUAAAAUUGCCACAUGGGCCAAGAUUCUGAGACCCCUGGUCUUAAUCUAAUCUAAUGAAAUAUUAUCUAAUAGAAGAAGCACUGCAAAGACUGCAAAAACAAGGCAUUAAAAUAUGUGUGAGAGUAUGUUGAGUGGUGUCGUGACUUUUAAACACUUCAAUGCUGGUCAAGUCCAUUUUCUCAUAAAUGCAAUAUUUCACACAAACACUUGAUGAAGAGUGUAGACUAAGAAUCAAAUGUCACAAUGAAAACACACCAAAUAAUUUAAUAUGAACUGUUUACCUCCUGUUCACAGAUUCAUUAAAAUGAUCCAAUUCAUACGAAUAAUAUGUUAUCAUUAUUUAGGCUGACACCAUGUCUGAAAAUGCAUAUAAGUGGAGUGACAGCAUUUUCAAAGCAUUUUGCAUAGGGAAACAUCCUAGUCAACGUAAGAGGCAAUUAAAAGAAGCUUUCAAUUGAAUUUCACCCAUUGCUAUAAGUCCAUGAAAAGUUCCAUUUUUAAUAUAACCAAAUAUGUUCAUUGUUUGACAAACAUUUAAUGAGUUGUAUAUUCUUUUCACAGAACUGUACAUUGAUCAAUAUGUAACUCACUUUCUUAGAUCUCACUUCGAGGUUUUGUAACUUCCUGCACGUCUCUGUAUGAAUCUAUCAGAAUGAGCACAGAAGCGCACAGACGCAGCGGAACAGCAUCAGUCAGCAAAAUGGAUUCAAUCUAUGAAAAUAUUGAUUACAUGCCUUCGAUGACAGCUUCAGAUGUCAGAUGCUCUCUGUACAGUGGCAUGUCCUUUCAAAAACAAGAACGAGAGCGAGAAGUCUCUUCUCCUAAGUGGACUAAAGUUCUUCUGACUCUUCUCAGUUUCUCUCUUGUUUUUGCUCUUGGAGGCCUCUGCGCUCUUGGGAUGCUAUAUGUCAAUACGCUUGCCGAUUUAAAAUCAGCUCAAGAGAAGAACAGCACAAUGACGAGAGAACUAGAACUGAAAACCAAUUACACCAUAGUUAAAGAACCGCUGCCCCCUUGUUUUGAUGAGAGUAAUCUGUCUGUGGAUGGAUGGAUAGCUUUUUGUGGAAACCUGUAUUUAUUCAGCUCUGAUAAACUAAACUGGUCAAGCAGUCGAGAUGUAUGUGUUUCAAAAGGAGCCGAUCUGGUCACCAUAACCAGCCAAUCAGAACAGAUGAAGUGCUUCCGGCUUGAGUUUGGUGUAUGA